AAGAAGAGAAAAACCGAAAAAAGAAAAGAAAAUGGUAAUUCUCAGCAACGUCUCGUUUCUCUGCAGCAACAUCUCUCUAAAACCAUCUCUCUCUUCUCUCCAUUAUUAUCCGUCUUCUCGUUCUCAUUGUCUCAUUCGCUGCUCACAGGAAGGAAAAGAAGAGAUUAGACCUCUGGGAAGUGUGGUUUGGUCAUUAGGAGAAGAGAUUUCAAAGAGAAGUCUACUUGCACUCGUCUCUGCUUCUAUCUUCUUUGUUGAUCCUGCUCUUGCUUUUAAGGGUGGAGGUCCCUAUGGACAAGGAGUCACCAGAGGACAAGACUUAUCUGGCAAAGAUUUCAGUGGCCAGACUCUGAUCAGACAAGACUUCAAAACGUCCAUCCUAAGGCAAGCCAACUUCAAGGGUGCGAAGUUGUUAGGUGCUAGCUUCUUUGAUGCAGAUUUAACAGGUGCUGAUUUAUCCGAAGCUGAUCUUCGAGGAGCGACUGCUACAGGAAACACAUCAUUCAAGGGAUCAAAUAUUACAGGCGCAGACUUCACUGAUGUUCCUCUAAGAGAUGAUCAACGAGAAUACCUUUGCAAAAUUGCGGAUGGGGUUAACGCGAGCACUGGGAAUGCAACUCGGGACACGUUGCUCUGCAAC